CCAAAUGUCCGGGCGCUGCGUUGUGCACUAAGAAUUUUUUUUCUGUGCAGGGAGCCUACAGACGAAAUAGAUGGUGUGGGGGAUCGCGCAAACCCGCCGCUUACUUCGCCGGCGACGGCAGGGUUUGCUCUUUUCGGCUGAGCAGCGAGCGACGCUGGUUAAUGUCAAGCUCAAGUGGGUGAAGGAUCGCGCCCUCGACUCGGUAGUGGCUCGCGAGCGCCAUCUCCGUCAAGUCCACCGCCUCCUCGAGCUAAUUUCCACCGACCCUCGCGGCGGCGUCCCCGCCAAUGACCUCCCAAGCCGGCCUCUCCAUCUCGGAAAGCUCAGUCUUCUUCCCUCAGAUUUCUUGCUCCGCUUUCCGGCCCUCUUCCGCAGAUCGUCUGCCCAUUCUAUCGGUCCAUCUUCCCCUUGGAUCUACCUCACCGACGACGCACUCAAGCUCCGGGAGCUCGAACUCAGUGUCCUCCGCAACAGUGAGCGUGAAAUUGUCGACCGCCUUCGCCGUCUUCUCAUGCUUACUGUCAAUUUAUCGCUUCCACUCCAUACCGUCGACCAGCUUCGUUGGGACAUUGGGUUGCCUUCGGAAUACCAAGAGAAAAUUCUACACCGCUAUCCGCAUUUCUUUGAUUUUGUCCGGCCUGAUGAAGAUGAGCGCGUCUGGCUUAAGCUUUCGUCAUGGGAUCCCGUCCUUGCUGUCUCCGAGCUACAGAGGAGCAGCACUAACGGUGGAUUUAACGGCGAUUCGUUGGCGUUUCCGGUAAGCUUCACCAGGGGUUUCUGUCUCAGGCGCAAGUGCAUGAUGUGGCUACAAGAAUGGCAGACGCUUCCGUAUACUAGCCCGUAUGCCGAUCCGUCGGGCCUCGACCCCCGUACCGACGUUUCCGAGAAGAGGAUCGUGGGGUUGUUUCACGAACUUCUUCAUCUCACUAUAGGGAAGAAGACCGAGCGGAGCAAUUUGAGCAAUCUAAGGAAACCACUACGAUUGCCCCAGAAGUUUACUAAAGUGUUCGAGCGACACCCCGGAAUCUUUUACUUGUCUCAGAAGCUGGGCGUGCAUACAGUUGUUCUACGGGAGGCCUAUGGCGGAGGGAGAGAGCUCCUAAGAAAGCAUCCGUUGGUCGGUAUCAGGGAAAAGUAUGCUGCCAUGAUGAAUGUGGGCAGGCCUGAGAUUCGCUGGAGAUUUAGUAUCUCCGAGGAAUCUGAGGUUGCCUCAUCUGAAGAGUUUUAUCACAAUUAGUGAUUUUGAUGACCCGGCUUUGCUUGGUUAUUCGUAGCAGGCGAAUCUACUAUAGAGAAUGUGAAAUGCAUUCAACUAUGAAUGAAUGGCCUUCAUUUUGGUUGUCUAACCAUCCAACGACUAGGAUUUUAUAAGAGAGCAUUGGUGCCAUCGAAGAUUCUCGUUCAGAUCAAUUAGCUGCUAUCUGAUCUUUCACAUAAGGUUUGGUAACUGGGACUACUCCUUUCAAAGUAUCCUGAUAGACACCAUUAAAAACUGCAAUAUAUAUGACUUAUAAGAGGAACAGCAGAGAAUAAAGAUGGGCAAACUUUAGGGGCAUUUACAUGCAUACCACCCAAUUCUUUUGUAUUUACAUAUCUAACACCUAAACUGCUUUUUACAUCAAUACCGCCCAAUUUUUUUUUAUCACAUAAAAAAUACCACCAUUUUGACAUUUAAAAAGUGAAAUACACAUUUUCAUGCAUACUUAAGGUGGCAUGUGUGCAAAAAUUAAGAUUUAUGUGUUAGAUAUGUAAAUACAUAAGGAUUGGGUGGUAUGGGUUUCUUCUGCAACUCAAGUGAACAAACCAGUAGUCAUGGUGGGAGGCUUGUGGUUUUCUCAGGAUCAUUGCUCCACCUCUCAGCAGAAUGCCUCACAGUGCUGCUCAGGCUCUCUCCAUGCCUGACAGAGAUAGCUGCACCGAUGAUGGAAAACCUGAAAGCUACAGCUUGAAAUGAUUUGAAUUCAUCUAUGCUGAUAUGCUCCAUAAUCAUGGCUACAUAUUGAACAAAUACUCUAUAGAGAUUUUGCAGAGUUGACACUCACAUUGGAGUUCCAUGAUGCAUAGAAUGAUCCAUAGUUCUGCUUAUAUGAGCAUGAAACAAUAAUAUUGGUGCAUGAAUUCAUAAAAGAAGAGAUUUUUAUGCUGGAGAGAAGAGGAGAUAUUUUGGCUAUAAAUUCAGCUUAUAUGAGCAUAAAACAAUAAUCUGAAAUUUGUUGUAAUCAGAGGCUACAACUUAUUAGUGAUAGAAAAUCUAGACUUAAAACAGAAACUAGAAAGCCUGAAAACAUAUAAUGAAUAUUUUUGUAAAACUGCUAUAUAUUAUAAAUACACUAGACCCCUUAUUUUUACUGAUAAUGCACGUGUAGAGAAGGAAGAGCUGAAAAACAUAAUUAUUCCCGUAAAGCAUAAAAGAGCAGCCUUUAGAGAAAGCUGCCGGUAAACGAAAAGAUCCAGGGAGGCUCGAGCAAUAGCUGAGAUGACUGGUGGAGUGGCACAGAGGCUUCGCAUUGACUAUAACCGGCUGAGGAGUCUCCUCACGCAGCCACCUUCAACAGCUAUCAGAAUGAAUGAUAAAAAAUUUCCAUGGGCAGCGACGAGACAGACGUCGAGAUCACCGUCAGGAGACUAUCGGUCCAGUCUGCCUUUAUUGGAUUCGAGUAUCGCUAUAUUUCACGCUCGUCCGUCUUUCUUCUCCGAUCCAAAUUGAUCUGCGAAUAGAUCUGCAGAAGAAGCUGAGGAAGAUCUCCAGUAUCAUGUCAGAGUAGUCUACAGCUGCGUAACCUCAAUCUCUCAAAUCUCUCGGUCGCCUAAUCUUCUCCUAUGAUACCAGCAGACGGAGUUUCUGUACCUCCAGGCUAGGACUAAGGGAGAGCUUCUACAAGGGAUCCCCCGAAAUACAAUGCAUGCGCCAAUCCGUUGUAUCUUCUUGCUAUUGCCUGAGGUACAUGUUUGUUUAUUCUCGUGGUGUCAGAUCAAUUAACAGACUAUAAGCUAUGAUUCGAAAAUAAUGUGUUAUAUUCUAGAGUUUAGUUUUAAGAUUAUUUACCUUGCUGGUCAUCAGGGGAUCGGUUAUAGUAUGAAUGAUAAGCUAGAUAUCAUUUACCCCAAAUUUAUAGUUA